GGGGGACGACGGCGAAGACCUGGUGGUCUGGACGUCGACCAUGCUCCGCACGGGGCAGACGGUCGCGCCCAUGACCCUACAUAGGGAGGUGAUGAAGUGGAGCCAGCUGACGGAGAUCAACGCGGGGCUCAUGGACUCCCUAACGUACGAGUACGUUGCGGCGGAAAUGCCGGCCGAGUACGAGGCGCGCCAGAAGGACAAGCUUCGAUACCGAUACCCGGGCGGCGAGAGCUACCAAGACCUGUUCUUGAGGCUCGAGCCCGUCAUCUUCGAGAUGCUCCGCGAGCGGUCGCCGCUGCUGGUCGUCGGGCACCAGGCCAUCCUUCGAGUUCUGUACGGUUACCUAACUGGCAAGGCGCCAGGGGAGUGCCCGACGAUUCACAUGCCGCUGCACACGGUCAUCAAGCUCACACCCAAGGCGUAUUCGUGCGAGGAGGAGUGGCACCGGCCCCUGGAAGAGUGUAUGGACCCGGUGCCAGACGUCAAGCACCCAACGAGCGACGCCUGCAGCGCGUAGAGUCCUCGCAUCUCCCGGCGCCCGCGGGGGUCGAGAACAUGAUCUUUGCGAGAAGAUGGUUGUAGGCACGCCGAUAGGCAGAGGGCAAAGCUGCAUGUUUUUGACGAGACGAUGCGAAUUGCACUGCAUUCCGAUUCGCGUGCUCCCCCUUUUAUCGAGAGGGGGGCAGGCGGACAGGCGGGACGGAUGGUCCGUGUUUGGAUGCGUUUGUGCUACUUUGCGAAACGAACGGCCGCGUUUGCUCGCCGGCAUUUGCCCUCAGACUAAACGAAAAUGCGUCAGCGGGUAUAGAUCCCGGCCCCCCAAAAGGGGGACCAACGUUUCGUAGAAUGGGCGACACGCCCAGAGAGAACACCAAAGCUACGAUUUCUACACAAGUGUUUUUUUGUGCUUGUUUUUGUUUUUGUUUUGUGUUUUAUUUCGGAUGCAUGAUUGCAUGGCCUCAACUAGGAGAAGAGACAGAGAGAGCAGAGAGAGAGAGAGAGAGAGCGAUGCUAGGCGGCGGCCUGUAUGUACACAACAGCAGUAGACAUGACGCUGGCAUGCAGCGCUCGAAGUAUGUCACGGAAGGCGUUACCUGCUUGCCGAUCUUCAACUCUUUCGCGCCCUCCCACCCCCUGCACAAGGGACAUGUUGUCGGUGGAAAAAGAGGUACAGUCUGCAAGAGGCGCAUGCAGAAAACAUGUAGUAUGUGCUUAGACUCGAUGGGGGCUUGAAACCCAACCGCCCCCCGCCCUUGCCCUCGGUUUCCCCCUGAUUUCUUGUCGGCAGGGAACGGCCACGCCGUUGUUGUUUGUCGUGUUGUAUUCUCGUGUUUUCUACUGGGAGUACGUACUCGAAGUGUUCGGAGCGGGGCACAAGGGUGUCACCAACGGUCUUUGUCUGAUAGAUUUUACCGUCCAAGAGGCGGGCGGAAGAUUAGCUACGAGCUGUUGUGCUUUGCGAUACGCCAACUAGUUCCCAUAAAGUUGAGAAGCUAAUCGCACAGCAGACAAGUCAGAGGUAGUGGCUGUGUGUAGAUCGUUUUUGAAUUGUUAGAAGUCUGGCUUUCUGCGCUGGGUUGUUUUUCGAUUGGACGGGGGUAAGUUUGGCCGAAGCAAGAGAUAGCGUGCGCGUGCGGGCAUCGUAUAGGCAGCGGUGUGGCCUUCACCACGCCCUACGAUACGAGACGCUGUUUGAACGUAGCCGGUGUGUCCUGUCCGGAUGGGGUUUGUGUCUGUCUGAAGUAAGGCGGGGACGACGGCGGGUUAGCGGGUAAAUUCUCCUCCGUCCUUCGGGGUCGACACACUCCGGCCCUUUCACAGGCUAUUAUGCUGUUUGGCUGUUCAAAACUUACGAACCGCCAUGUCAUGCAAGCAGGCACGUAAAUAUCGGUCUUUGAGGGAGGGAAUAUUUUCUAGAAGUCGAGUACGGUACGUGCCAACGUACCGCGCGGUGUGUCGUUGUUGGUUUUUCUGUUACGCAUUUUCAAGGUAUCUUCUAUUGGGCACAUGACGAUCUUGCACGUUGUAAGUUGCCCUCAGACCCGCCGCCUGCUUGGCAGUCGUUCAAUGUUUCCGGGGCAGGCUCUGUACUCAACAGUUUUUGUCCUCCCAGCGACUGGCUGCUUUGAGCAUGUAUGUUUUCUUGCGUCAAUUAAGUAAGGUGGCGGCGAUGGAAAGGGAGUGAGUAGAAGGCAAAAGCAAUCAGUCGAGUUGGUGAACCUUGACCUUUGGAUGAUUUCUGAUUGUGUUCGCUAAUUGUAAUACGGGAUGCCUCGAUGAAUAAACCCAUCCACAUACGUCCCGAAACUUAAUCACCACUGGAGCAUACCGCCGCAUGCAUAGGUUGCAUCAUAUUCACCACGAUCUGGACCGAUUCUCAAAGCUCGCGAUCGCCGUACGGACCGACAUGCAGUCUAUGCGUAUAGCAGUGUUUGGGGGUCCCCGAGUAGGGCAGUUUGAAUAAGACGGUCGCCUUAUUCGAGGCGGGGGAAACUGGCCGGCAUAAUUUAGACGGAAAUGAAUCAAAGUUGUUUUAUUGUAUACCACACAGGUGGAGGUUGACCCCGCUUCCCCAAUAUGUGGGAUGCCUGCACCCCCUUUUGGAGACUUGGUUAAGGCCGGACACCUUGGUGGACCCAAUCAAGGUCUCGAAAGGGGAGAAACUGAGGGGGCGCGGGUAUCUGACACAUUGGGGAAGGGGAGUCGACCUCCACUUGCGACAUCAAUGCUACACAAAGAAUAAGGCGGCUGCCCCAUAUAAGGCGGUCAUUAUCAGCUGCCCCACCCCCGCCUUAUUCGGGGACCCCCACUGCACCUACACCUACCUACCCUUGCCCCAAUGGAGGAAAAUCAACGACUGCAUAUGCUAGCAUAAUUGCCUCUCCUUGUGGAGAACACCUUCAUAAAGGUUGAAACUCCCCAACGUUUGUCGAGGACGAAACCCUCUUUUCCACAAUGGCGUCGACAAGAGAUGUCAGGUGUCUGCUUUUGGUUGCAAAAGACACGGGUUCAGAACCCGCUGCUCACCUAAUUUUCUUCCGGAGUACGGAAAAAGAAAAACGGUGGGUAGGCCAAGAAACGAUGCACUGUCUAUUGAACUCGAAACUUCUGACAAUGCGUGGCGGAAAUGGCGCACCCGCAACACGCACAGAAGAUUGUUGGAAAAAAAGUGGUUCUACUCGCCGCCAGCCGGUCGGGUUCCGGUUACCCCGAGAAGACUUCUCUUGCCUAGCAAACAAGAAGAAGCUCUCCCUUCUUCCCCUCGCUCCUCGACAAGCUUUUGCUUAGUUAGACAUGGGUUGUAGCGAAGGGGCGGGUCUUUCUGGGGAGCAGGGCUAGACUCACCCUCAAGGGAUGACCGAAACCUUCUUGCUGCUGCGCAUAUCCGCCGCGAGGCAUGCGCGUGGUGGUGUAGUUGGGUCGGCACUGAUGGGGUCAGGCGAAAAAAUGUAGAUGCGCGGGCCUCUGGCCGUCGGCGUAGGCAGCGAUGCCCAUCUCAUUUUUUGUGCGCGGAGGCAGACACCGUCAGAAGGUGGACGGGAACUAUGUACACGGCCCUAGGUUGGCUAGAGGGCGCUGCAUUGCCUCAGUAACCUGGCUUCGCCAUCAAAGGAGGAGGGAGCAGGUGGCGACGAGCUGAACUGGGCUGGUUGACCCCUUCGGCGCGAGAAUUUUUAUUUUUCAGACCAAGAACCUUGAGUGCAACGAGGGAGAAAGCGAGGAACCGACUGGGAAGGACAGCAACGAGAGCGUGUACGGACGGAGCAGGUCGAGUGGCGUUAUGCUCGGGCUGACUACAGCGGCGCCGGACGGAGCAGCGGCACCGGAGCAUGCGGGCGACAUCGACCCGUGGCGCACGGACAAGCAUUUCAAUCUGUGUUGUCAUUUUUUUUCGAUUUUUUUCUGACUUUCUGUGUUGGUUUUGUGUGAUGCCAUCGUCACCGGUUUUGUAGAGAGACCCGUCAGAGAUGGCGUGGCUAACCCGGGUGCCUUGGUUAUGUGCCUGAUCGUGGAAGACCCCUUCAAUGUGGAACGAUUCUUAGCUAUUGUCGAUAUUUUCACUGCGUGCCUAACACAGACGAUCGGGAGAGGUUCGGGUGAUUGUCCAUUGCAAUCAUGGCUUUGGUUGGUUGUUCUUUUUCACUGUACGUCCGCAGACACAUUCUGACAGCACUUCAGACAGCAGCUUUGUGCCCCGCCAGCUUCUUGUUCCAUGCCUACCAUGGUGUUUUUGUACAGACAGCACUUCAGACAGCAUUAUGCUGUAGUCGGCAAUCUUCCGUUUUGGUAUAGAGUGGGACAGGGAGGGGGUGAUGCUACUGUAGUCGAACGGUGGGACGGACGUGCAGUUCAGUUUUUGGGCACGCAUACGGUGCUGCAGGGAUUUUUAGGUGUACCUCUUCGGGCUCUUGGAUACCUUUUUCUCGUUAGAUGUGUGCGUGUUCUUUAGAUCCU